UCCAAUACCACCGCAAAAUUUAAUGCCAUUUUAUGCAUUAAUCUUCCAUACGCGUAUAUAUUUAUUUGUUACACACAAUCAUAUAUACAAUCUGGACUAAAUAUGGCUAGUUUGAUGAAAGAUUUCAGGUUGUGGGUUGCCGCGGCUUCCUUGUUGUGGUUAGCACUAAAAGGUUGUUCACAAGUUGAGCCACAAGUUCCAUGUUUCUUCAUCUUUGGUGACUCUUUGGUUGAUAAUGGAAACAACAAUGGCCUUCUCACUCUUGCAAGAGCCAACUAUCGACCUUACGGUAUUGACUUCCCUCAAGGUGUCAGCGGACGGUUUACCAAUGGCCGGACUUUUGUUGAUGCAUUGGCUCAACUUCUAGGAUUUCGAAACAACAUACCACCUCAUGCAAGAACGCGUGGUCGAGCUAUACUUAGUGGACUAAAUUUCGCAUCUGGAGCUGCUGGUAUCCGAGAUGAAACCGGAAAUAAUCUAGGGGAUCACAUUACAAUGAACCAGCAAGUAAAUAACUUUGGGAGCGUAGUGCAGCAGAUGGGGCGUUACUUCAGAGGAGAUACUAAUGCCUUAGGAAGUUACCUGGCAAAAUGUAUCUUCUACUCAGGAAUGGGAAGCAAUGACUAUCUCAAUAACUACUUCAUGCGUGAUUUUUACAAUACCGGAUCCCAAUUCACUCCACAAGCGUAUGCAAGUUCACUCAUUCAUGAUUAUACUAAUCAGCUUACCGCUUUGUACAAUUUGGGUGCACGGAAAGUGAUAGUGACUGGUGUGGGGCAAAUUGGGUGCAUACCAUAUCAGCUAGCCCGGUAUAAUGGUAACAGCAGCAGGUGCAACGAAGAUAUAAACAAUGCUAUUAUCUUAUUCAACACGGGCCUAAGAAAACUUGUAGAUCGCUUUAAUAAGGGUGACCUUCAAGGAGGAAAGUUUGUAUACUUGGAUUCGUAUCAAGCGACCAAAGAUCUUAUCCUCAAUGCUCAAUCUUAUGGAUUUGAAGUAAUUGAUAAGGGAUGUUGUGGAGUUGGAAGAAACAAUGGCCAGGUGACAUGCCUCCCUCUUCAAAAUUCUUGUCGGGACCGCUCGAAGUAUAUAUUCUGGGAUGCCUUUCAUCCAACUGAAGCUGCAAAUAUUGUGACUGCUAAAUUAACAUACUCGUCAAGGUCAUCAUCAUAUACAUAUCCCAUAAACAUCCAACAACUAGCAUCACUAUGAUGCUAUUUAAUAUGUAUUGUCUAAGACUAUAUAUGUAUUGAUUCAACUUCGUUUGUGUUUGAAUUGGAGAAUAAGUUGGUUCA